AUUGGGAUUUCCCCCUCCCAUGUGCUCAGACUGGCGCUAAAAGUUUUGAGCUGCUCAAAAGUCCAGAGCCACCAUCCUGAAAGCAGGUAGCUGCUGGGCUCCGGGGGUACCUGGUGUCCGGGCUCGGAGCGUGCCUCCAAGGACCGUGACACGCUCCCCUGAGAACCGGCAGCCUUCCUAGCUGCUGCCAUGGAGGAGCCACAGUCGGACCUCAGCAUCGAGCCUCCGCUGAGUCAGGAGACGUUUUCAGACUUAUGGAAACUACUUCCCGAAAACAAUGUUCUGUCCAACUCACUGCCCUCACCCAUGGACGACCUGCUGCUGUGCCCAGAAGAUGUUGUGAACUGGCUGGAAGAAAACCCAGAUGAAGAUGUCCAAAUGUCAGCAGCUCCUGUACCAGAGCCCCCAACACCAGCAGCCCCUGCCCCGGCAGCCCCUCCACCAGCCACUUCCUGGCCUCUGUCUUCCUCAGUCCCUUCCCAUAAGCCCUACCGUGGCAACUAUGGUUUCCGCCUGGGCUUCCUUCAGUCUGGGACGGCCAAGUCUGUCACAUGCACGUACUCCCCUGACCUCAAUAAACUAUUCUGCCAGCUGGCAAAGACCUGCCCUGUGCAGGUUUGGGUUGAAUCGCCACCACCACCUGGCACCCGAGUCCGCGCACUGGCCAUUUACAAGAAGUCACAGCACAUGACAGAAGUUGUGAGGCGCUGCCCCCAUCAUGAGCGCUGCUCCGACAGUGAUGGCCUGGCCCCUCCUCAGCAUCUCAUCCGGGUGGAAGGAAAUCUGCAUGCAGAAUAUCUGGAUGACAGAACCACUUUUCGCCAUAGCGUGGUGGUGCCCUAUGAGCCACCUGAGGUCGGCUCUGACUGUACCACCAUCCACUACAACUACAUGUGCAACAGUUCCUGCAUGGGCGGCAUGAACCGGAGGCCCAUCCUCACCAUUAUCACACUGGAAGACUCCAGUGGGAAGGUGCUGGGGCGGAACAGCUUUGAAGUGCGUGUUUGUGCCUGUCCUGGAAGAGACCGGCGCACAGAGGAAGAAAAUUUCCGCAAGAAAGGAGGCUCAUGCCCUGAGCCAACACCAGGAAGUAUUAAGCGAGCACUGCCCACCAGCACCAGCUCCUCUCCACAGCCAAAGAAGAAACCACUGGAUGGAGAAUACUUUACCCUUAAGAUCCGUGGGCGUGAACGCUUUGAGAUGUUCCGAGAGCUAAAUGAGGCUUUGGAACUCAAGGAUGCCCAAACUGAGAAGGAGCCAGGGGAGAGCAGGCCUCACUCCAGCUACCUGAAGUCUAAGAAGGGGCAGUCUACCUCCUGUCAUAAAAAACCAAUGUUCAAGAGAGAAGGACCUGAUUCAGACUGACAUUCCUUGCCUCUUCUCUCCCGUCAGUCAAAUACCCCAUCCCCCACCCUGUUCCUUCCCUGGGAUUUGGAACUCUGGUGCUUGAAUCCCUGGUUUAGGUGUGCCUCAGAAAUGCCCAGGAGUUCUGCCAUUUGCCUUGCCUGGACAUCACUCAAGAAGUUGGCCUUUUGGGAAGGGUGGUGGGAGCUAGAAUGCACCAGCUGAAAUUUUCAGGUUUUAAAUGUGAGGAGAGUUAAGAGAGGGAAGAAAACAUUCUUGCAUAUAAGGAUCAGAGUUUACAACCAGCUACAUGCCCGGCUGGAAGCCCAGUUCUCCAACUCAGCUUACUGGGGAAGCUAUGGCAGGUCAUUUAAUUUCUCCUAACUUGAAUACCCACAUCUAUAAAAUGCUGGUCAUCAUAGCUACCUCCCAGGAUUUGUUUUGAGGGCUGAUGAAAGAAUGUAUGUCUGACCUUGAACCAUCUUCUAUUACAUGGGGGCUGGGUGCAUAGUGUCAAGGUUAGGGUGCUGGCUAAGGGUCAGCAGCCCCUGCCAAAUGUGCUCCAAUCUCUUGCUGAACCUUGGCACCUGAAAGGAAAUCUCACCGUCUCACAUUGAGCAGGAUUCCAUCGCUAGCUCCCAGAGGGUCUUACCCACCCAAACCCACUUUACUAUUUACUUCCCCUACAUGCUCAGGGUCAAUUUCUUUUACACUCUACAAGGCACAUCUAUACUUGUCACCCUCACACUUCCCUUUUUAUAUCCCCUUUUUAUAUCAGUUUCUUAUUUUACAAUAAAACUUUGCUACCA